AAUCGCUGCAUCAGUCGCGAAUCGACCGUCGCGUCGCGAAGAUAGGUCGUUUUGCUUUUUUCGUAUGAAACGUUUCCAUCAUAUUAACCCUUUCGGCAGUUCUUUUUUUUUUUUUUGUUAUUCUUGAUAUUUUUUCUUACGAUGACACGAAUCGUUACGUGUUCUACGAUCGGUCAUGUAUAUAACGCAACUUAUGGUGGACUUUUCGUAUGGAAAGUGAACGUCAUGCAUGUAGUUUACUCUUAAAUAAAAAACAUCGAGUGAAAACUCUGAUAAGAUUUUUAACGAGUUUUAUAAGACGUUUUUCUUUGACGAUAAAAAAAGAACUAUGUUAAGUACGAAUGCAAUAAGAAAAGGAAAAAAAUCCAAGCGCAUCAUGCGUUAGAGUGUUAUUAGUUUAUAGUUAGAAUAAGAUAGACUCGAAACGUGUAAAAGAGUUAGAUCGAUCGUCGAUAAAUUCAUAUAUAUAUAUAUAUAUAUAUAUAGGAACCUCGGUAAAAAUCGCAAUCGAUAGUCGAUGAUUUCUAGUUGACUUUUGUCAUAGCAAACGUUCCCGAGAAUGCCGUGUGUGACAUACCGUCGCGAAAGCCGGCGAAACAAAUCGAUCGGAUUAUGAACCGUUCAAAAAUAGUUCCGGACUCGAAAGAUAACGAUGGAAAUCCCGUUAAUCGACCGAUCGAAGCGGUCGAUCGUUUUGCCUUGUAGGAGUGUGUGUUGUUAUCCUACGUGUUGGUAAAGAAGGAAGAAAAGAAGAAAGAUAGAAGAGUUACGAAGGACGAAGGGCCUUCUCGCUGAACAACGUCUCCCGCUAGUUCCUUGACCUUUUAGUUCUUUCUUCGUAUUACUCGGUGAGAAGUUAAUAAAGAAAGAAAGAAAGAAAGAAAGAAAGAGAAUAAGAUAUUAAACAGUGUUUUUGUUUACGAAAAAGAGUUUAUUCUUUUUCUCCUUUUUUUCGGGGGGGAGAUUUUUUUUUUUUUGUUAUUUUUUUUUUCCGAGCUCGUGCAUACACACCUUGUGCUUUUUAAUUCUCCGAUUAAAGAAUUUUGUGGUGCGACUUGUGAAAGAUCGUUGUUUAUAUUAAUUUUUCUUUCGGUAAGUUUCUUUUUUUUUUUUUUGUUAUCAUCUCGACGAUCCAGUGCGUAUGAUACUUGAACGAAGAGCUUGCUUGCAACAUUGCAAUUUGUUUGUUGGAAAGACGAUAAGGUCGUCGUUACAAAUAAAGGACCCUUUGGAUACCAUCGAAGAUGCCGUGCGUCGGGACGACGACGCCGUUCCUCAUCCUCACAAUAUUCGCUCUUACGGCGAAAGGGCAACUACGAUCGCCACGGAUAACGGAACAUCCAUCGGACAUAAUCGUGGCAAAGCACGAGCCGGUGACGUUGAACUGCAAGGCCGAGGGUAAACCGGAUCCCGUGAUAGAAUGGUAUAAGGAUGGUGAGCUCGUGCAGACGUCACCAGGGGACGCCAAGUCCCACCGGGUGCUCCUUCCCACGGGAUCCCUAUUCUUUCUUCGUGUUAUGAACGGGAAGAAGGAACAGGACGGUGGUGUUUAUUGGUGCGUCGCAAAGAAUCAAGCUGGUUCUGUACCUAGCAGAAAUGCCACCCUCACGGUAGCUGGUUGUGCACCGCAUGACGAAGAUAAGACGAGAUGGUGGUGCGUUCUUCAUGGUGCCAGUUCAACCCAUGGAAAUGGAAAGAGAAAGAGAAACAAAUAUGUAUAUAGGGAAAGAUAUAAAAGAAGGGAUGGUAAAUAGAUGGGUGGGGCACGUGAAAAGGAAAAUCCAGAAGCUCGUUUCGAAUAAAGGAUUAACGAUAGAAACGUGUGUGUGUUUACUUAUGCACAAUACAUUUAUAU